GGAGGAGGAGAGAAGAUGGCGUCGGAGCUGGAGCCCGAGGUGCAGGCCACCGAUCACAGUUUGCUGGAAUGUUCCGCCGAGGAGACCGCGGGGAAAUGGCUGCAAGCAAGUGACCUCACUAAAGAAGUCUAUCAGCACUUAGCACACUAUGUACCCAAAAUCUACUGCAGGGGGCCCAACCCACUUCCCCAGAAAGAAGAUAUGCUGGCACAGCAUGUUUUGUUGGGACCAAUGGAAUGGUACCUUUGUGGUGAAGAUCCUGCAUUUGCAUUUCCAAAAUUUGAACAAGCAAACAAACCUUCUCAUCUUUGUGGUCGCGUGUUUAAAGUAGGAGAACCUACAUACUCUUGCAGAGAUUGUGCAGUUGAUCCAACUUGUGUUUUAUGCAUGGAGUGCUUUUUGGGAAGCAUUCACAGAGAUCAUCGAUACAGGAUGACAACAUCAGGAGGUGGAGGCUUCUGUGACUGUGGUGAUACGGAAGCUUGGAAGGAGGGCUCUUUUUGUCAAAAGCAUGAAACACAUACUUCUGAAAUUGAGGAAGAAGAGGAUCCUCUUGUGCACUUAUCAGAAGAUGUGAUAGCAAGAACUUACAACAUCUUUGCUAUUGUGUUUCGAUAUGCAGUAGACAUAUUAACCUGGGAAAAAGAAAAUGAAUUGCCUGCAGAUUUAGAGAUGGUAGAGCAGAGUGACACCUACUAUUGCAUGUUGUUUAAUGAUGAAGUUCACACCUAUGAACAAGUUAUUUAUACUCUUCAGAAAGCUGUGAACUGUACACAAAAGGAAGCCAUUGGCUUUGCAACUACAGUAGAUCGAGACGGACGUAGGUCUGUUCGAUAUGGAGACUUUCAGUAUUGUGAACAAGCAAAAUCAGUCAUUGUGAGAAAUACCAGUAGACAGACAAAGCCACUCAAAGUCCAAGUUAUGCAUUCGUCUCUUGUUGCACAUCAGAAUUUUGGUUUGAAAGUUCUGUCUUGGCUUGGAAAUAUUAUUGGAUAUUCAGAUGGUCUCCGCCGGAUUUUAUGUCAAGUUGGAUUACAAGAAGGACCUGAUGGUGAAAACUCUUCUCUGGUGGAUAGACUGAUGCUUAGUGACUCCAAAUUAUGGAAAGGUGCCAGGAGUGUGUAUCAUCAGUUGUUCAUGAGCAGCCUCCUUAUGGAUUUGAAAUACAAGAAACUAUUUGCUGUUCGAUUUGCAAAAAAUUACCAGCAUUUGCAGAGGGAUUUUAUGGAGGAUGAUCACGAGCGAGCAGUGUCGGUGACUGCUCUGUCUGUCCAGUUCUUCACCGCACCUACCCUGGCUCGAAUGCUUAUCACAGAAGAAAACCUGAUGGCCAUUAUCAUUAAGACUUUCAUGGAUCAUUUGAAACAACGAGAUGCCCAGGGCAGAUUUCAGUUUGAACGAUAUACUGCUUUACAAGCCUUCAAGUUUAGGAGAGUGCAGAGCCUUAUUUUAGACCUCAAGUAUGUGUUGAUUAGCAAACCAACUGAGUGGUCAGAUGAGCUGAGGCAGAAGUUCCUAGAAGGGUUUGAUGCCUUUUUGGAAUUGCUAAAAUGCAUGCAGGGAAUGGAUCCAAUCACACGUCAAGUUGGACAACAUAUUGAAAUGGAGCCAGAAUGGGAAGCUGCCUUUACACUGCAGAUGAAACUAACACAUGUCAUUUCAAUGAUGCAAGACUGGUGUGCUUUAGAUGAAAAAGUGUUAAUUGAAGCUUAUAAGAAAUGCCUUGCUGUAUUGAUGCAGUGUCAUGGUGGUUUCACUGAUGGUGAACAGCCAAUCACACUGAAUAUUUGUGGACAUUCAGUGGAAACUAUCAGAUACUGUGUUUCCCAAGAAAAAGUUAGCAUUCAUCUCCCAGUUUCUCGUUUACUUGCAGGUUUGCAUGUAUUAUUAAGCAAGAGUGAAGUGGCAUAUAAAUUUCCAGAACUGCUACCUCUAAGUGAACUUAGUCCACCCAUGUUGAUAGAACACCCUCUUAGAUGUCUUGUUUUAUGUGCUCAAGUACAUGCUGGAAUGUGGAGAAGAAAUGGCUUCUCUCUCGUAAAUCAGAUUUAUUAUUACCAUAAUGUGAAAUGCAGACGUGAGAUGUUUGACAAAGAUAUAGUAAUGCUUCAGACAGGUGUCUCCAUGAUGGAUCCCAACCAUUUCUUGAUGGUUGUGCUCAGCCGCUUUGAACUUUACCAUAUCUUCAGUACUCCAGAGCGUGGGAAAAGGUUCAGUUCUGAGGUCACCCAUAAGGAUGUUACUCAGCAGAACAAUACUCUAAUAGAGGAAAUGCUCUACCUCAUUAUAAUGCUUGUUGGAGAAAGAUUUAGUCCUGGGGUUGGACAAGUAAACGCUACAGAUGAAAUUAAGCGGGAAAUUAUUCAUCAGUUGAGCAUCAAGCCUAUGGCUCACAGUGAAUUGGUGAAAUCUUUACCUGAAGAUGAGAACAAGGAAACUGGCAUGGAGAGUGUAAUUGAAGCAGUUGCACAUUUUAGGAAACCUGGAUUAACAGGACGAGGCAUGUAUGAGCUGAAACCAGAAUGUGCCAGAGAGUUCAACUUGUAUUUUUAUCACUUUUCAAGGGCAGAGCAAUCUAAGGCAGAAGAAGCUCAACGGAAAUUGAAAAAGCAAAAUAGGGAAGAUACAGCACUUCCACCUCCAGUCCUGCCUCCGUUCUGCCCUCUGUUUGCAAGUCUGGUUAACAUUUUGCAGUCAGAUGUCAUGUUGUACAUUAUGGGAACCAUCCUACAGUGGGCUGUGGAACAUAAUGGCUGUGCCUGGUCUGAAUCUAUGCUGCAAAGGGUAUUACACUUGAUUGGGAUGGCCCUACAAGAAGAAAAGCAGCACUUAGAGAAUGUCAUAGAAGAGCAUGUGGUAACAUUUACCUUCACUCAGAAGAUUGCAAAGCCUGGGGUAGCACCAAACAAUUCACCUAGCAUACUGGCUAUGCUGGAGACAUUGCAGAACGCUCCCUAUCUGGAGGUCCACAAAGACAUGAUUAGGUGGAUACUAAAGAUGUACAAUACUAUUAAGAAGAUAAGGGAGAAUUCAUCCACCAGUCCUAUGGCAGAUACAGAAGGAACCAUAAUGGAAGAGAGUUCCAGAGACAAAGACAAAGCUGAGCGGAAGAGAAAGGCUGAGAUUGCAAGGCUGCGCAGAGAAAAGGUUAUGGCCCAGAUGUCUGAGAUGCAGCGGCACUUCAUUGAUGAGAACAGAGAGCUCUUCCAGCAGACACUAGAACUUGAUGCCUCCACCUCUGCUGUUCUGGAUCAUAGUCCUAUGAUUUCAGAUAUGACGUUUACAGCAUUGGGCCCAGCACAAACUCAGGUCCCUGAACAAAGACAAUUUGUUACCUGUAUAUUGUGUCAAGAGGAGCAAGAAGUUAAUGUGGAAAAUAGGGCAAUGGUUUUGGCAGCCUUUGUUCAAAGAUCAACUGUACUGUCAAAAAACAGAAAAAAAAACAUUGAGGAUCCGGAAAAAUAUGAUCCAUUAUUCAUGCAUCCUGACCUGUCUUGCGGAACACACACAGGUAGCUGUGGACACAUUAUGCAUGCCCAUUGUUGGCAAAGGUAUUUUGAUUCUGUUCAAGCUAAAGAACAGAGAAGGCAACAACGACUACGCUUGCACACAAGCUAUGAUGUAGAGAAUGGAGAGUUCCUUUGUCCCCUUUGUGAAUGCUUGAGUAAUACUGUUAUUCCUCUGCUGCCUCCUCCAAGGAAUAUUUUUAACAGGAGGUUAAAUUUUUCACAUCAACCAAAUCUGGCUCAAUGGAUUAGAACAGUAUCUCAGCAGAUAAACGCGUUACAGGCUCUUAGAAAAGAAGAAAGUGCACCUAAUACUGCCUCUUCAGAAAAUUCAGAAAACAUGCAUGAAUUACAGCUUCCAGAAGGAUUCAGGCCCAGUUUUCACCCUAAGAACCCUUAUUCUGAGAGCAUAAAAGAAAUGCUAACAACAUUUGGAACUGCUACUUAUAAGGUGGGACUGAAAGUUCAUCCCAAUGAGAGUGACCCCCGUGUGCCCAUUACAUGUUGGGGUAGUUGUGCCUACACUAUCCAGAGCAUAGAAAGAAUUUUGAGUGAUGAAGAUAAGCCAUUAUUUGGUCCUUUGCCUUGCAGACUGGAUGACUGUCUUAGGUCAAUAACAAGAUUCGCAGCAGCACAUUGGACAGUGGCAUCACUUUCAGUGGUUCAGGGACACUUUUGUAAACUUUUUGCCUCACUGGUGCCUAAUGACGGCUAUGAAGACCUUCCUUCCAUUUUAGACAUCGACAUGUUUCACUUGCUGGUGGGCUUGGUGCUCGCUUUACCUGCACUGCAGUGUCAAGAUUUUUCAGGGACCAGCCUCAGCACGGGAGACCUUCACAUUUUCCAUCUGGUUAUUAUGGCACACAUCAUUCAGAUCUUACUUACCUCGUGUACAGAGGAGAAUGGCAUGGAUCAAGAAAAUACCUCUACAGAAGAAGAACUGGCGGUUCUUGCUAUAUAUAGCACCCUUCACCGCUUCACAGGAAGUGCCUUGAAAGAAACAUCCUCUGGCUGGCAUCUGUGGAGGCGUGUUAAAGCUGGGAUCAUGCCAUUCCUCAAGUGUUCUGCCUUGUUUUUCCAUUAUCUUAAUGGAGUUCCACCUCCACCCGAAAUUUGGUGCCAUAACGGUGAAGUUAAAAGAUACCUAGAAGGUGAACGAGAUGCAAUAAGCUAUCCAAGAGAAUCUAAUAAACUGAUAGACCUUCCGGAGGAUUACAGCAGCCUCAUUAAUCAAGCAUCCAAUUUCUCGUGUCCAAAAUCAGGUGGCGAUAAGAGCAGAGCCCCAACUCUGUGCCUUGUGUGUGGAAGUCUUCUGUGUUCCCAGAGCUACUGCUGCCAGACAGAGUUGGAAGGGGAGGACGUAGGCGCCUGCACAGCUCACACGUACUCCUGUGGCUCUGGGGCUGGCAUCUUCCUGAGAGUUCGUGAAUGUCAGGUGCUAUUUUUAGCCGGCAAAACCAAAGGCUGUUUUUACUCUCCUCCAUACCUUGAUGACUACGGGGAGACAGACCAGGGACUCAGACGAGGAAAUCCCUUACAUUUGUGCAAAGAACGAUUUAAGAAGAUUCAGAAGCUCUGGCACCAGCACAGCAUCACAGAGGAAAUUGGCCAUGCACAAGAAGCAAAUCACACACUGGUUGGCAUUGACUGGCAGCACUUAUAAUCCCUUCACUACCCAAAACAUUGGAGUUUUGUAACCUAGAUGGCUUUUCAAGAACAAAAGUAGAAAUAUGUUCUGCUAAAGUCUAAAAUAAAUUCUUUAUUUAAACUUCC